AUGGGCCCCUGUACCGCCUCCUCAUGCUGCUGCCAGGCCCCUAAUCUGCCAUGGGCCCCUAUACCGCCUCCUCAUGCUGCUGCCAGGCCCCUAAUCUGCCAUGGGCCCCUAUACCGCCUCCUCAUGCUGCUGCCAGGUCCAGAGUCUCUCAUGGGUCCCUGUACGGCCUCCCAUUGCUGCUGUCUCCAUCGCCACACUCUGCCAUGUGCCACUUUCAGGUCUCCUCACACUCCUGCUGGUUUCCAUUUUGUCAUAGGUUGCUGUAUGGCCUCCCAUUGCUGCUGCCUCCACCGCCACACUGUGGCUCCAAACACUGGUUUUGGCCCCGUGACUGGCCAAAUGAGUGAAGUGUGCGGUGAUUCUAAGAUCGACGGCACUCAUCUGCAUGUCAUACUGAGUGACAGUAUUAUUUCUCUUCCCCAGCAGACUCCAAGGGCAUUUAAAUUAAAGGUACAGUGUUCUGCACUAAUAUUA